AUGGAAAUCAGGAAAGUUGAUUCAGGUUUUCAAGACAAGCUGAACGUCCUCUACAAGGCGUCAUCUUUGCAGGUUGCUAUCAAAAUCAUUGACAGAUUUCGGGCCGAUGCAGAAACUCGGCGCAUGAUAGAUAGAGAGAUCGAAAUCCUGAAGUUCGUAGAACAUCCACAUAUCAUCAAACUAUAUGAGGUUAUCGAAUUCGAGGGCCGAAUUUAUCUAGUGACCGAAUACGCGGGCGGUGGAGAACUCUACGAACACAUGUUGAAACAUGUUCGUUUUUCGGAAAAGGAAGCCCGUCGUUAUUUUCGUCAGAUCGUGUCCGCCGUUCUCUACUGCCAUUACAAUGGUAUUGUUCACAGAGACGUCAAACCCGAGAACCUUCUCUUUGACAAAAACAACAAGAUCAAGAUCAUAGAUUUCGGUUUCAGCACGUUUUGCAGUGGAUCUCCGUUAUCGACUUUUUGCGGUACUCCUCCUUAUGCUGCUCCUGAAUUGUUUCAGGGUAAACAUUAUGAUGGUUUGAAGGUCGAUGUUUGGAGUCUUGGAGUGCUGUUAUACGUUCUAGUGUUUGGUGGUUUUCCAUUUCCUGCGAAUUCGUUUCUUCACUUCAAGCACGCGGUGCUCUCAGGACAUGUACCUUUUCCUUCUGGCAUUUCUAGCGCCUGCACUGAUCUGAUUCGGCAGAUGCUCACAGCCGACUUUCAUAAUCGAAUUAGCUUGGAACAGGUUAUCCAACACGAGUAA